AGACGACGAAUCAAAUUUCAGGUGGAUUUUGCAGAGCCUUUCUUCUUUUAGGAAGUUUGAUUCAGUGUUUUCUUUCAAGGCUCUCUAGUUGGAAAACAGCGGGAACAUGACAUACUGUUUAUAAUCAAAAUAUAAACAAUACCAUAUCAUCGAACAUGUGCAACCCGUCCCACCGCGAAGAAACGAAGUGAUUAUUUUAUUGUUUAAUAUGAGUUAAACCUAUCCCAAAUAAACACAGGGGCUUCCAAGAAGUUAUUGAAUGGUUACUCCUGUUUAGACGAAUGCGAACAUUGAUAUUCUCGAAAGUGCAAUCCAUAAUGCGUGUCACGUGGAAAGUGUUGGUUUUCCUGUUCCAUCUAUCAUUCCUGGAAUCAGCCGACUGGUUUCCUGACGAUACCAAAAGUUCAAUUUUAACAUCCCAUUAUAGGGAAUACGAGUACGAGUUGACACAGUCGCACAAUCUAUUCCGCCAAGAUGUACUUCAGAAAUCAUGCCAAUACAAUCUCAAAGACGACGUACUGGAGCGGGUGGAGCAACUGAAUCAGAUUCCCACCGAUCAUCUGUUGAUCGAUCGCGAACAUAAGUUUCUCUAUUGCUACGUUCCAAAAGUUGCGUGCACCAACUGGAAACGCGUUUUGAUGAUCAUGAUAAACAAGUGGAACGGGACGGAUCCACUACAAAUUCCUGCUGACCUUGCGCAUUCGUCCGGAAUGUUUGAAACGUUCCAGUCGCUAACUGAUGAGGAAAAAGUUGCUGUGCUGUCAGAUUACAAUCGAUUCAUUCUGGUUCGUCACCCUUUCGAGAGGCUUUUGUCAGCUUUUCGGAAUAAGCUGGAAGGCAACUCAAAAAGUGCCAAAUACUUUCAGACUCGGAUAGGAAGAUUGAUCAUCAAGUCAUUUCGCCUGCAUGCUACCAACGAGUCGCUCGUCAAUGCAGAUGACGUUAAUUUUUAUGAAUUUGUCCAAUAUCUACUAACGCCCGAACUGAGCAAAAGCGGAAACAUGUCCUUCAACGAACACUGGGAACCGAUCACGAAUCUAUGCCAUCCGUGUUUGGUUCACUACAAUAUAAUAGGGAAAUAUGAGACGCUGGCGGAUGAUUCGUCCCUGGCAUUGCAUUUGGCGGGAGUGCAUACGCUUAACUUUCCAAUGGUGUACAAAUCGUCCAGUACGCGGGAGCGUUUGAAACAUUACUUUAACGACAUUCCUUCAGAAACGUUGAAACGUUUGUAUUUGCUGUACGAAAGUGAUUUUAAAAAUUUCGACUACAGCCUAGAGGAAGUAUUCGGUUUUGAACUCGUAUAACGAUGAGUCGUAGGCUUACUCUUAUUUCUUUGCUUUUUAUUGAUGUUUACUGACAAACUGUAUACUUAACAAUGGUGAUACAGGGAACUCGUGGAGGUUAGGUUUUUAAAAAGGUUGUUGGAAAUUACAUGUGAUAUUAACAUUAAACGUAGGAUCAUGGUGAAGAUACGUAAUAACGAAACAGAAACAUGUACUUAUAAAUACUCUCUACA